GAGAGAGAGAGAGAGAGAGAGAGAGAGAGAGACGGAGAGAAGCAGACAGGAUUACAGUGGUUGGAGCAGGUGAUCGCGCCACAAACCUCCAAGGGGCUGAUCGUUAAGAUCUUCGCGCAGGAUUCUCGUCCCGACCAUGGUGCCAGCAAGCUGCCCCGCAUCGCGUACCAUGCUGCCGUUGCUACUUCUCGUGGGAUGUGCCGUUACUUUUUCGCUGGGACAGAAUGACACCGAACCGAUCGUUUUGGAGGGAAAGUGCUUGGUGGUUUGCGAUUCGAACCCCUCGGCAGACGGAGGGAUCACCUCCUCGCUCGGAAUAUCUGUACGAUCCGGCAGCGCAAAGGUGGCUUUCUCCGCGGUCAGAGGGACAAAUCACGAGCCGUCUGAAAUGAGCAAUAAAUCCAUGACCAUAUACUUCGACCAGGUAUUAGUUAACAUUGGCAACCACUUCGACUUGAAAGCAAGCGUUUUCCAGGCGCCAAGGAGAGGAAUCUACAGCUUCAGCUUUCACGUGGUCAAGGUAUAUAACAGACAGACUAUACAGGUGAACCUGAUGCAGAAUGAAUACCCGGUCAUAUCGGCGUUCGCUGGAGAUCAGGACGUCACCCGCGAGGCGGCCAGCAAUGGAGUUCUGCUGCAUCUGGAACGCGAGGACAGACUCUAUCUGAAGCUGGAGAGGGGCAACCUGAUGGGCGGCUGGAAAUACUCCACAUUUUCUGGCUUCUUAGUUUUCCCUCUAUAAACAUCGCCUCCAGACUUUAUUUCAAAUGACUCUUCUGCGAAAUGAAGGUCAAGAACAUAUGCUAUUCCUUAAAAAGAAACAGAAAACAACAAAAACUGCCCAAGAAGCAGAAAGAUGUCAAGCUAUUUAAAUAUCUACGUUAAAUAGUGGCAUUUCCUUGGAGCCCACGCUAAUUAAAAAAAAAAAAAAAUCCGUGAUUGCUUGGAUGAUGAAUCGACCUCUUCGUGUUUACAAACGCGAAGCUCGACAUCUACCCUCGGAUUGUAUCACUGGGGAAACGGCUGAAUUUUUUUUUUUGUCUACAAACAAUGCGGUGGACAGCAGAAUUAACGUGAGGGUUCUCCAAACCGAAGAAUUACAACCUAGAACUACUUGUCUUCAUCUCCAUGCUUUAUUUUUCGUGUCUGUGCAGCCCUUAAGAAAACGGCGUCCGUCAAGUAAAGUGUGUGGAAUUCUGGACGUUCACGUGUCAAGAAGCGCUUUAUCGACACAAGCAAAGUUUGCACGAAUGGAAGGUGUUUUUGUUUGUUCCGUGUUGUUCCUGGUGUUUCUCCUGGAUGCAGAGAAUAUUGGAAAUAUGUCAAUUGUAAGACGCAUACUAUUUAAAGUUAUUGUUUAAAAAAGAAACCUGCGUCGUAUUUCUGUUAAUGGAGACAUAUUGAAUAUUGGAAAAAAAACUAUUUUACUAAAACUUCAGCCUAAUUUAUAAAACAUAUAUUCAAAUAUCGUCUACGGUACAUUUCGGAUAUGCGUAGCUAGCUUUUAUUUAUUUGUUCAGUAACGUUGCUCUUAAAUGUUUAAGUAUGUUGUGAAAGAGCUACAUAAAAUCUUCCUAUAAUAUUAGGCCUAAAUGAUAAUAAAAUAUCAUAUUGUU